UCGGUUUUUAUUAGUGUCGAUAUGUCAGUUACCAAUCAACACGUAUACUCUCGAAUCUGUAUAGUCUGUUUCGAAAUGCUGUAUCGAUAAUCGAUAAAAAAGUCACUGUCAAUUAAUUGUUAAUCUAUUUUAUCAUUUUGUGUAUUAAAUAAGUUAAAAAUUAUCUUAUAACAUUGCUAAUUUCAACAAGCUUAAAAAUAAGAUUGGCAUGAAUCAAAGUUCGUGAAUAGCCGGAAUGUAAUGUGCGUAUAGGUUAUACAGGUUGUCACGUAGAACAAAUUCUGUAGGAAUCGACUGGGCGCAUGGAUAAUGAACAUUUUGGCAAUUAGAAAUCAUUGACAGUCCAACGACAAUUCAUUCCUUUUAUCCAAAUUAAACGAGAGAGGACCUAAAUGAUUUCUGUGUACAGGAGAUAGCACGAAUUGUGAACUGUCAUUGCUUUCAUUCCGUGAUACAACCAAUUCAGGAUACGUUGCCUCAAUGGUGGCUCAAUGCAAAGUCCCGAAAGCUUACCGCCUCGAUCCAGUUCGCCGAAUCAAUUCGAUGAGAAGAGUCAAGCUGUUGGCUUACAAGCGACAAAUAAAGAUUUACGCAAUUAAAAGAUUAUUUCAGCAUCACUGCCGAUACAUUACGAAGUAAGGAGUUUGGCAGAAGAAAUCAGAUCAAAUUGUAAACUGCUGUUAUUUUUAUUUUACAUUAAGAUAAUCAACGUUUUUUCUCGCGAAAACAUGAAACCGAGCGAUCUACGUGACGAAUUACAAAAGCGGCAGGACGAUGUAUCGAUUUUCCGAAAAUUGAUAAGCAAUGCGCAUAAUUCCUCGACGGACGAAACCGUGAAAGACAGGCAAGCAAUUCUCAUGCACAUUACAGAAAUACUCAGUAGCAACUGCGAAUUGGGAGACGAACGUGCCUCGUUAGCGUGUCAUGCAUUUUACGUUUUACUCUCGACGGAGUACGACUCGCGGUUCGUCAACGACACCGCCGUGCACUGCCAGCAAUUGUGUUCGCGCGACCUGCAUUUCCUCGAGAAGCAAUAUACCGUUUGCGAUCCCGAGCUGUUCAAGCUGUUAAAUGCUUAUGGGUACUUGCAAGCGAGUCAAAGAGAAACCUUCCUCGAGUACGACACUCUCUUGGCCAUGUUCGACGUGAUACACAAGAAUUGUAUGAAGUACACGCGAUACUCCUACUUUGCCUAUAAGGUAUUACAUACGUGGUUAAGGAGAUUGAAGGAGACGUCCGAUACACGUUUCUGGCACGAAAAUGAUUGCAUCCUGGAGCGAAAACUGGAAGCUGUUAUAUUCUCCAACUGGUUCAACGCGCUCAACGACGUCUGCAAGCAAAACUCACAGAUUUUUAACGUCUACCUGCGGAUAGUGUCGCGAAAGUACAACGGAUUUCUUGAGCACGUGUUUCACGUGUGCGUUAGGGACGUGUCGUGGCAAAACGAGACGAAGUACACUAUUCUGGCGGAAAUCUGUCAAGUGUGGGACGCUACGAGAGCUAUGACGACGAGAGACUUCUUACUCGACCUGUGCACCAGUUUGACGAAGAACUCUUUGCGUUGUGGCGGUACCAAACUUUACCUGGUAAUCCUGAGAAAAUUGAACGAGGACGAGUGGAAAGAGGCGUUCGGGAACGUUAUAAAACAUGUUGUCGAGCGUUGGGAAUCGGGAGAGCACGAGGAUCACAACGCUCUUCAAUCAUUGUUCAAAUAUUGGCUCGAACCGACCAUCGAAACGCACAGGGGCGUUCUGCUAUUCUUGUGGAUGUUAUGCAGCGAUUCAUCGGGCUACUUCUUCCGUUCGCAUCUGCAGAGAAUGGCCGGCAAAUUGCACGUGGAGUUGCCACACGGAGCGCACGAAAUUGAUCUUUACGUAAACGACAAGGAGGAAAUCGUCCGGUUAAACGCUUUCGCUGUGCUUUGCUACCGUGCCGUUGAUCUGAUCGACAUCAACGAAACGAAUCCCUUUUUUCUAAUAAAACGAUUUUUGUGGUUCAACGCCAAUGCUACGACAAUUCUUAUGAGGGAAGGAGUAAUAAAAUAUUUCGCAAUACUGUGCUCGAACAUCUUGAAAGCAACCGGCGUUGAGGACGAUUGUGCACGAUCCGUUUCCGAGUUCAUGGAAUGGCUGAGCGAGUAUUUCCUCGAUUGUUUCGAGAUCGGCUCGUGCUAUCAGCGCAAGAUCCUUGCUUUAAACCUGUACAGGACUUUACUCUCCUUCAUGGAUGGAAAUUUUCAUAGCAGCUGCGCUCAUCACAGGGACUGUUUUCGUUAUGUCACGACGAUUGACAAAUGUCUAAAAACCAGUUGGAGAUUCACUGAUAAGGAAAGCCUAUUCGUGUUAUUAAGACUCGUAUUAGACUCGGCACUCGAUAUCAGGCAAUUAGCAGCCGCUCUUAUUUUGAAAUAUUUUACGAAAGAUGUUUUAUCGACUACGGAAAAACAUAUACUUUAUGACUGUGCAUGGAAACACUGUAAUUCAUCCAAGUUUUACAAGAUUGAAAGCGGCGCAGCUCUUAUGAGGAUAAUAGCACACUGGUUACCUUCGAACGAGGUCCUUAAGGACGCAACGGCAGUAUUUGUCGACAAUGAAGAAGCUAAUAUUGUUGCUUACUCGAAUUAUUCACAAUUUCUAUUAAACGAAGCUCGGUGUCAAUUAACGGAGAUGAAGGGCGAUAUUUUAAAGGCUAUUGUCGAGAACAGACCAUUUUAUGGCGUGUUGACUGCUUUGCUGACAGUUGCUUUCCACAGUGGCCCAGAAAAUUGGAUUUUAACACCAGGAUUUACGGAGGAAGUGUUAAAUCUGUUGAAAGACGCCGUUAACUUCUUUUUAUCCACUUUAUCUACAACAGCAUCGAAUACAGCUUAUUCAUCCUCGUUUGCGGAAAUGGGAUUAGCGAUCGAUGAGAAGAUUAAGACUAGCAAAGUAGACGAUGCCAAUUAUGACGAAUUACAAUUAUCGCCGGCAUAUCAAGUGCUCAUCUCGUGUAUUUGGAUGUCUUUAAAGGUAUCGUGUCAGAUUGCCAGCGAAAUUGGGAUAUUAAUGCAAUCGGAUGCACAAGUGAGAUGUUCCGUGGACAUUAUCGUUACGGUACUAUUAAAGUGUCGGCAUAAAGGCGUGGUGGAAUCCGCUGGGGUAGCAAUCGCGAAUUUAUCUAGGAAUUUGUACGAGAGGAAAGAGUACUCCGAUCUGCCGAGAACGUACCUGUUGGACCUGUUAAAAGAUGAUGCGGAAAAAUUGUUACACUUGACGCGACGCGGUGCCGGAUUGUCGAUCAUGUUUCACAGAUUAGUCGUCAGCGAUGUUCGGAGAAAUCGACCGACGGUGCAUCUCGCUGUGCAGACGCUGCUGCGUGCGCUGGAAAAUUCAGCAGCGGACGUCCGACACGCGGAAGCCGGGCAGGAUUCACCGUGGGCGAAACGCUUGCACUUUCUGCGCGCGUUGGUGGCUGACAGGGAGAUCCACGCACAAUUGAUUCCGUACAUGGAAAACAUCUGUUUGACGUGCUUCGAGUACAUGGAAUCCGACGUUUGGACCGUGAGGAACGCGAGUUUGCAGCUAUACGGCGCGGUAGUGCCGAGAUUGGUGGGCCAAUGCUCCGGCAAAGGUGGCGGAUCGUUGGAUUUCGGCAACGGUUACUCCGUUAACCAUUUCGUCACGCAUUAUCCGUCAUUGGCAAGCCGCAUGCGGGUGCAGUUGCAUAACGUUUCGAGACUACGCGGUACCUCAACCGCGUCAUUACGUUCCUACUCGAGCGUCGCGCACACUCUCGUGCUGUUGUCCAAACUGUCAACGGGCGGUUGCGAUCUUAUUGACUAUCCCACGCUGACUUUUCUGGCGGAAGUGAAGCACCUGGUACGCGCCUUUCUCAGUAAUCCAAUGACGUACGUCAGGCAAUUGGCCGCUAAAGCAUACGCAGCUCUCACGCCUUCUGCACGUAUUCAGCUGGAGAUUCAGGCGAUCGGAGAGGCUCUUCCAAGUUGCGACACUAACACUUCACACGGAUACUUGUUAACUCGUGGAUAUUUGAAAGACAAACUGAAUGACUGCACGCAAAGCUUCGCGAAUGUGAAUUACAAAGAAACAAAAACUCACGGCGAAUUUAAUUUCGAAAAUCGCGCGAGGUAUCUCGGUGUAUCGGAAACUUGGAGCAACAUGUGUAAACGCGAGGUAGCCAAACAACCAUGUUACGUGCUAGAAACGUUGUUUCUUCAGGAAUCAGUCGCCCACGGAACGCUUUGCGCGGAUAGAUUAUUUUCCCAUUGCAGUUUAUCGAUGAUCGAACGUAUUGCAUCAUCACAAAAGAUCCAGCCAGGAUUUUUUCAGUUUGUUGGACUCUGGGCACGAUUGUACGCUGUUCAUCUUAAAGAAAAAUUAUGUGUCUCGCCAGAUUUGGACGGUUCUGAUCGAGAGAUGGUACGCGGUAUUUUAAGUUCGAAUUGCGCCGACCUGAGCAUCGAAUUUCUCAGUAGUUUGUCACAUUGCGUUCCUCUGCUUCGACUUGUUCUCGGGCAUUUGAUAUCGCUGCAGGAAGACCGUCACCAGUUACUUGUAGAAGAGAUGGUAACAUUUACAUUAAAAACUAUAAAGCGUGCUAGCUCGCAAGCCGACGUGCCAGAAUUCGAUGCGCUAAUAGAAGAACUUAAUCAGAUGGAGACGAGCUCGAGCAUGAUUAGCGUGAGAAAUUCAUUGAUCCUAGCGUGUUCCAGGCGCGAAGCAUUAAUAACGGAAGUGCUGUCGCGUGCCUUUCGCAUGUGCACGGACGAGAAGCAAUCAGCGAGAUUGACAGCAGCAGAAUACGUCGAGCUUGCGCUGCAUCGUUUCACGCAGCUGGAAAACGGCAACAAAUUGACCGUCAUGCGAUGCUGUUUGAUUUUAAUGAAGGACGAGAUCGCGGAGAUACGCGAGAUCGCGUCGACGUCAUUGCAGAGAUACGCAUUUCGCGAUGGUAAUUCUACGGCGCCAAGUCGAUUGCAACACGAGGAGGUCGUGUACCAACGUCUCCUGCGAGAAGUGUUCCGUUGUCGAUUCGACGCUGCGUUUGCCGAGGACGACAUCAAUUUUGUACGAUGUUUCACACGUUCCGUCCGAGAUGUCGAUUCCAACGCGAUAAUCGAGAAUCCGUUCAAUCACGACGACAGCACCUUUCACAGAGAGGAGUCGAAAUUUUUGAACAUGUACUCGCUUCACGCGAAAUUCCGGCUGGAUGACGAAUCUGCCGGUGAUGACGGUGGCAUUCGGGAAGGUUGUUUCGAUGUCACGCAGGCGAUACAAACAAGGCACUUCAAAAAGUUUCGGGAGAAGGCCGGCCUUAUCUAUGACGAUCUGCGAGUAAUUUUGUACAUAAAAGAAAUGAAUUAUCUGGCACGGAAACGAGAUGUUAUUAUACAGCAGUAAUAAUAAUACGGUCAUUCUUUUGUCUAUUUGUUUUUCAUUUAAGUUGUGAAAUGUAGAAUAAUAUCGAAAGUACCGAUCGAUAGUAACCGAUUACGACGCGAGAGCAAUCAAAGAAUUUUAUAUCUUAAAAAAUAACGCAAUUGAUAUUAUGGUUAUAUUAUGAGAAAUAAACAAUCUACGAUUUCUCGCAAAAUGCGCAAAACGUAUUUAAUUAAUUUUGCGUAAUUACAUGUGUACAACUUACAAAUAGCCAAAUGUGCGAUACACACAUUCUCGAGAAUAUGCGCAUGUAUAUAUAAACAUAGGUUUUAUAUUGUU